UCGGCGAGGCUAAUAUCACGUUCUCAAGUUGAUCUGGCUGAGGUCUUUCCCGGCUCUGGUAAUGGGUUGAGAAGAACACUUCCUUCAGUGAGAGUAAAAUUUACGUCUUCGCGCCGGGCUUCGCCCCUUUUUGUAAACAAUUCAGUAUGGUCACUGAGCAAAUUGGCGCGACUGCUAGUACGAUCCCCUAUCUAA